AAAGAAAAAAACUUUGGUCAGAGUUUGAUAAAAUUUGAUGAAUUUUUGGGAUUCUUGCCGCAUUCGUUGAACACUGGGGGGGGCGAGAGGUUGCGGUAAACAUUCGGAACGGGGAAGAACACUGGACAAAUCAGACACUUGCUCUCUUCUCUGAUCGGCAGAUACAAAAUGAUGAAGCAAUGGGGAGGCACAGAUUCAGAAUCUGUUGCAACCUUAUGGACAUUGUGCGCGGCUCUGGCUUUUGCGAUAGCUCCAAUCGUUGGAUCAGUUUCAUCAUCAAAUCACCAGUUUCGUGGAAUUUCUCCCCAAGAUGUGAUGUAUUACAAAUCGUCCGACGUGAUCAAAUGUAGAGACGGUUCCAACAAAUUUACCAAGGCUCAGCUUAACGAUAACUACUGCGAUUGCCCUGAUGGCACUGACGAACCUGGCACAUCCGCAUGCCCAAAUGGAAAGUUCUAUUGUCGAAAUGCUGGGCACGUUCCACUUUUGCUAUUUUCUUCAAGGGUGAACGACGGUAUAUGUGAUUGUUGUGAUGGAAGUGAUGAAUAUGACAACAAAGUCAAAUGCCCAAAUACAUGCUGGGAAGCUGGGAAAGUGGCUAGAGAUAAGUUGAAGAAAAAGAUUGCCACCCUUGAAGAAGGUUUUAAAAUUCGUAAAGUAGAAGUUGAACAUGCGAAAGUCGCAAUAACUAAGGAUGAGGCAGAGCUAUUGAAGUUGCAAAACGAGGAAAAAGUAUUAAAAGGGCUCGUGGAACAACUUCAAGAGCGCAAAGAACAAAUAGAGAAGUUAGAAGAAGAGGAGCGAUUAUGGAAAGAGAAAGAAGAGAAGAAACAUUUGGAGAGAGAAAAAGAGGAGACUAAAAAAAUUGAAUCGACAGAAACAGCAGAUGUUGGGGAAAGCAAAACUGAAGAGAAAGACAAUUCGGUAAAAGAUGAAGCUACAGAAAAUGGUGCCGAGGAAUAUAAAGGAGAAGGCAAUGGAGAUGAUAGAAGUGGGAACUGGGAGGACUCUGCAACAAAUGAGGGUAGAGUGGAAGAAGCAGUUGACUCAGAAUUUGAAGCUCAGCUUCCUAAUAAACCGGAAACAGGAGCAUCAAUGCCGAAAGACAUAGAAGAGGAUACAGCAUUAGAGAAAGACAAACCCCUGGCUAAAUCUGAAACUGGAGAAAGUGCCGGCUUUAGAGAAUCAUCUGAAGAAGUCCUGCAAAAGAAUGAUGCUAAUUCAGAGUUAUCACGGGAAGAGUUGGGCCGCCUUGUUGCUUCUCGUUGGACCGGAGAAAAUACUGAAGAACAGUCAGGGAAUGCGGAAAGCACGAAUGACAAUGAUGAAGAAAGUCAUGAUAUCUUAAAAGACACACACGACAAUGACGGUUAUGCUUCAGACACUGAUGGUGAGCACCAAAAAUACGACGAUGACAACCAAAGAUAUGAUGAUGAUCUAGAGGAUGAUUUAUAUGAUAUCAGAGAUGAAAAUCAUGAUGAGUCUACUUCGUCAGAGAGAUAUUAUUCAGAUUCAGAAUUGGACUCACCAGAUAUGGAAACCAAAAGUACCUCCACCUGGCUUGAGAAGAUACAAAGAACCGUUCGAAAUGUCCUCAAAGCUGUUCAUAUAUUCCAGCCUCCAGUGAACCAAUCAGAUGCUGCAAACAUUCGCAAGGAAUAUGAUGAAUCCAAUGCCAGGUUAUCAAAAAUACAGUCAAGGAUCUCAAGUUUAUCACAGAAGCUGCAGAAUGAUUUUGGUCCAGAGAAGGAGUUCUAUUCAUUUUAUGACCAAUGUUUUGAAAGCAAGAAAAACAAAUACACUUACAAAAUCUGCCCUUACAAACAAGCUUCACAAGUCGAGGGGCACUCGACAACUCGUUUGGGGCGCUGGAGUAAAUUUGAGGACUCAUAUGGUGUUAUGAUCUUUUCAAGUGGGGAUCAUUGCUGGAAUGGACCUGAUAGAAGCUUGAAGGUCAAGCUAAGAUGUGGGCUUAAAAAUGACAUAACCGACGUAGACGAGCCAAGUCGUUGCGAAUACACGGCACUUCUAUCAACCCCAGCCGCUUGUGUAGAGGAAAAACUUCAGGAACUGAAAAACAAGCUGGAGAUGCUGAAUAAAGAAGAGCCAGAGAAGCAUGAUGAGCUUUGAUAAGUUUACAGAUCAAAUUUUCAAAAGGUAAGUGGUUGAGUUAGAUAGAUGAUGGUUCUAUUUCUGUGGUGGUAUUGAGCAAGAGAGAGUGAAUGAAAAAGGUUGAAGUAGUUCUUCUUGCAGCCUAGAGAAAAGCUUUACCUAAAACAGAGGGCAUAGUUUUGUUGUGGGUCGCACUAACUCUUAUCUUCAGGCCAUCAUAUCUUUUUUAUGGACUAGUUUAUACUCACAUGCGGAUUGUCCCAAAUUAUGAUGAACUUUUAUUAUAUAUACAUUAUUUUCAAUUUCUUUGA